AAUGCUUAGUCAUGGUGAGUUACAGCUUCCCCCCUCCUUCCUAUGUGGCGCACAGCUCGGCAGACCGCGAUGGAGGAAUAUAAGUAGACAACUUGUCAGCUGAGCCGAAAGCUUCCUAGUAAACACAGCGGAGAAAACAAAUUCCAGAGCUAGCCUGGGCAACCUCGAGGAAGCCGUCUCUGGAGAAAGCCACCAACACCCCUCCCCAUUCCCAAAUGUUACGUUAAGACACUUUUGGAACUCAACGCUACUUUGUAUUCGCAUUUCUGAGCUAACAACCAUUCCCCUGCCUCAUCUACAGUAUCUGACUCUGCAGCUCUUGGCACACAUGUAGCCCUCUGAGAUGAGCUUGAAUUAUUACCUCUUUAAAAUGAAGCUGUAAAUCUUUCUUUUUUAUCCCCCUGUUCUCUAGAGUAAUCAAUAUGCAAGACUGACCUGUACUAGUGCUGAAUCUUGUAGGACAUUUUGUUGUUCAAAUAUCUUGUUUUGUUUACUUUAGGGAUAUCUGAUUAAUUGCUGUUUUUGAGAACUUUUGUCUGCACAAACAUUUCACCAAAGAUUCCUUUGAGUCUUACGGUUUUUCAGCUCAUUCAGUCAUAAGACAUUUCUGUACUUAAUAUUGUUCACCCCUCGGACAAAGCCAAAGGAAUCAAGAUAUGUUGAUUAUGUUGGAACAUAUAAAAGUACAUCCAACCAUGAAUGGCAGCUCGCACAAAAGUCCCUAGAAAUGCCAUAAUGAGAAGUAUGGCUGGACUUAAGUACUGAACAGAGCAAGGGAAUCCCUAUGUCCAAAUAAAUCCCACUUAAACGUGAAGUCUUGUACGUAAACAAGAGUCAGGCGUACCCAAGAGAGCCCAGAGCUUUCUGUUAAGCCGCCUGCCAAGUGUCAGUCCCAACUCUUUUUUCGUCCACGCCUGCGCCUGGUGCAAGGAUGCCCCAUAACACUGCCCACUGUUCUUGAGAAAGAGACCAAAAAGGAGGAGACAGGGUAGGAAAUGACAGAGUGCCUGACAGAAUGCAAAGCGCUGGUGACUCCGUCCACGCGCAAUGGCCACCGCGUCUUCAGCUACACGCUCGAGAGCCACACGGCGGCCGCCUUCGCCAUCAUGAACGAGCUGCGUCUGGAGCGCCAGCUGUGCGACGUCACGCUGCGUGUGCGCUACAAAGACCUGGAGGCGGUGGACUUUGUGGCUCACAAGGUGGUGUUGGCCUCCUCGUCCCCGGUCUUCAGAGCCAUGUUCACCAACGGCCUGAAGGAGUGCGGUAUGGAGUUGGUGUCCAUCGAGGGGAUCCAUCCCAGGGUUAUGGACCGACUGAUAGAGUUUGCCUACACAGCCAGCAUCUCCGUGGGGGAGAAGUGUGUGAUUCACGUGAUGAACGGUGCCGUCAUGUACCAGAUAGACAGCGUGGUCAAGGCCUGCUGUGAUUUCCUCGUCCAGCAGCUCGACCCCAGCAACGCCAUCGGCAUCGCCAACUUUGCCGAGCAGAUCGCUUGCACAGAGCUCCACCGGAAGGCCCGUGAAUACAUCUACAUGAACUUCAGCCAGGUGGCGACCCAGGAGGAGUUCUUCAACCUGUCCCACUGCCAGCUGGUCACCCUCAUCAGCCGCGAUGAGCUCAAUGUGCGCUGUGAGUCCGAGGUCUUCCAGGCAUGUGUGGCCUGGGUACGCUACGACCGGGAGAACCGGCGGCCUUACGUCCAGGCGUUACUCCAGGCCGUGCGCUGCCAUUCCCUCACCCCCAACUUCCUGCAGGCCCAGCUCCAGUCUCUGGACUGGGACCCCCAGUGUAAAGAUUACCUGGCCCAGAUCUUCCAGGAUCUCACCCUCCACAAACCCACCAAAGUAAUUUCUUGCCGAACACCUAAGGUGCCGCAGCUCAUCUACACAGCAGGGGGGUAUUUCCGUCAGUCCCUCAGCUACCUGGAGGCGUAUAACCCCUGUACGGGAGCCUGGGUGAGGCUGGCCGACCUGCAGGUGCCCCGCAGCGGCCUCGCAGCCUGUGUGAUCAGCGGGCUUUUCUACGCUGUUGGAGGAAGAAACAACGCACCUGAUGGCAACAUGGACUCAAAUUCAUUGGACUGCUACAAUCCUAUGAACAACUGCUGGUUGCCAUGUGCGCCGAUGAGCGUACCGAGGAACCGAAUUGGAGUUGGCGUCAUCGACGGCAUGAUAUAUGCAGCCGGGGGAUCACAUGGGUGCAUUCAUCACAAUAGUGUUGAAAGGUAUGAUCCAGAAAGGGACCAAUGGCACCUUGUAGCCCCCAUGUUGACGCGGCGUAUCGGUGUGGGUGUCACCGUCAUCAACCGGCUGCUUUACGCCGUGGGGGGGUUUGACGGGGCCAACAGGCUCAGCUCCUGUGAGUCCUACAACCCUGAGAGGGACGAGUGGAAGACCAUGGCCCCCAUGAACACUGUGCGCUCUGGAGCGGGUGUGUGCUCGCUGGGGAAUCGGAUCUUUGUGAUGGGCGGCUAUGACGGCACCAACCAGCUGAACUCAGUGGAGUGCUAUAAUGUGGAAACUGAUACGUGGAGCUUUACUGCCUCCAUGAGGCACCGACGCAGUGCCCUGGGAGUCACUGCUUUACAUGGGAGCAUCUAUGUGUUGGGAGGUUACGACGGCAACACUUUCCUGGACAGCGUGGAGUGUUAUGACCCUGAGAAGGACACCUGGGCGGAGGUGACACACAUGACGUCAGGGCGGAGCGGCGUGGGGGUGGCCGUUACCAUGGAGCCGUGCCAGAAGGAACAGCCCCAGUGUCCAAAUUCUGAGAGGGAGAUCAGUGAAUCGUCACCGGCAUAUCAUUCAGCCAACUCCGACUUUACCUCUAAUCACCAUCCGGGGCAUGGAGGGCCUUUUGGUAAAGGCGCAUGAGGUUUAUCACUUGACCCUGUCACAGACACACACACAGACACACACACAGACACACAGACACACACAGACACACACACAGACACACACAGACAGACAGACAGACAGACAAGUGUCCCAAAACUCCUCUCAAAAGAAAGACACUCACAACUGAUUAGCGACGGAGGUGAGCUGAAACAUGACAUGCUGCCUCACUGGUUCUUAAGAUCACACUUAAUGUAAAAGCAAAAAAAGGAAAUCAGUAACACUGUAUUUCAAAAGUGCAGUGUUAAUAGUCAUCUCUGAUGUGACAAAAACAUUUGAGUGGCUGCAUUGGACUCUCCAAAUCCACAAUAACCUCAGAUCAUAUAGUCUGCCUUUCUAGACCUUAAAGUUGAAGAAUCUGUUUUAAACUGUGUUUUGCCAAAUCUGAGAGACCUCAGUCUGUCUGCGUUUUCAGAGCUGCUGUCUGUCCUCAGUCGGACCAUCACCUCCCAUGGGAGGAAAGGGCUGCAUACUAAACAAAUUGGUCUACCCUUCAAGCUCAAGUUAAGAGAAAUUCAUAAUUAAAGUGAUCUCAUUAUAUAACAAAAAGUAGCAUUUUUCAGAAUAGGCAGUAUAGAUUAAAGUGCCAUUUCAAUGCCUGUGGGCAUUACUCUCAUCAGUAUAUUGACUUGAGGUGCUCUAAUAGAAAGGCACAGGCGUUAAUUGUGUGGUGUGUAGACAUUGGUGAAGUUAACCCAGACAGCCACAAGAUGAAGCUUAUACACAAGAGUGGGCCUCAUGCAAGAACGUUUCUGUAUCCUCACUCUUAACAUCCUAUAUUUCUUUAUGGGCAGGUAUUCUUGUAUGUGUCAGUAUCAAGAAAACUGCACAACUUUAUCAUGAAAUUCAGCCUGAUAAUUACCUCCUUUUUCAUUUUGUGAUCAUCAGAACACCCAAGUUGAAUUAUGAAACUUUGGUUCUGCUCUGUGGGCGAGUUUCAUUCACAAAAUCAUCCCUAUAGUUUAUAAUCACAGCUAAGGAAAUAGUUGAUAGCAAAUUCUCCUAACUUCCUCACACUCCUAACUUCUUUCUUUGGCUUUUUUGCCGUAAUUAGGGAGUUGGUAGAGAGGGGUUUGACAUGUGGCUCCCAAGGGUUGAAUUGAUCCCGGGACAAUAUGGCAUGUUCUACAUCCUCUCAGCUACCAAUGUGCUAUGCUUUUACGUCAAUUUAUGUUGAAUAUUCCUACAAGUGGUUCUUGCAUGAGGCCCAGUCUCAACUUCAAGAGCUGGUACAAGAGAAGCAGGACCUAUACAAAAAAAAUAAAACAGAAUUUUGACAAAUGUGUUCUUUCACUGAUAGCCACUGGUAGGUGCAUAAAAAGUGUUUGGUUUUUUUCUGGCGAGGGGGAUUUGUUGGCAAAUUUGUUUGCUUCAUAUAACGCUGUGAGAGAGUCUGGUUCAGUAGAAUCGGUGCCAAUAGAACAAAGAAACAGAGUAUGACUGCGUUAACGGGAAACAAAACAUGGUAGCAUUUUAAAAAACUUGGAUUUAAACGUCUUGCUGAAAUGUGUUUUUAUAAAAGCUCUAAUUAAGGACUCAAUUGAGAACUUCCCCACCAGUGGACUUUUUGGUUCUCUCCUCCACCUGACCUCAGAAACAGAAGUGACCAUAUUUGUCCAUUAGUGUUCACAUAAUGUACGCUAAUGACAACUACUUGCUUAAAGCAGUGUAUUUGUAACAGCAAUUUAAGCUACAAAGGUUUUUAAGUGAUGUUUUGUACAUUGAUAUUCUAAAAAAGCCUUGUACAGAAUUUCUGAGCUCACUUUUUUAUUUAUUUGUUCAGGAUUUGUUUUGGUUUUCUCGUUCCUCUAAACUGACAUCUGCUUUGUAUUGAAUUGGACUCUAGUGUAGAUUUUUUUUUUGAAUAACUAGCAUGCAUUGUAACUAAGUAGAAAUGCCUGUUUAUGCUAAUUUUGGAUGUUUGUAAAAAAGUUGCUUCACUUUGAAAGGGACAUUUUUUUUCCUGUUUGUCAGUAGUUGGAAUGGAAAUUAGAUUAUGUAAUGUCUGCUUUGUACAUUUUCUUUUUCAGCACAAAUACCCUGUACAAUAAUACAUUGUAAAGUAAAAUAUAUGUUUAUUGUACUG